AGGGUCCUGGCCUGAGUUGUGAGGCCGCCCCACCCCAGCAGGGGCGCCUGGGCUACCCAUCCACUUAUAGGGGCUUCCUCCUGUCCUCAGCAGGCCACACCUCCUUUGAUGUUUCCAUGGAAGCUGACACAGGCACUUCCGGCUUUCCUCACUUUCCCGGGCUCAAGUCCACAAGGCUAGGUCUGAGGGCUAUGGACUUGAUCAGCUGUCAAGGAGUCAGGGUAGACCCCCUUGACCAGCCUGCCCUCUGCUGGAAAAUCAAGUCCUCCUCCCAGCCGCGGGUAGUGGGUGUAGGAUGGACUUUCUGAGGGCUGUGCUAUAGCUUCUGGGAUCCCCUGGGAAUCUGGGCCACUGCUUCUCUCUGGAGAGAAAGUAGGGGUGCUGUACAAAGGCACUGAAAUUCAGAACUCCUGGCAUUAGGAUAGUCUGAGUCAGAUCUAAGCCCUCCUCUGGGCGAGAGGAAGCCUCCUUGGGGAGCUGAUGCUGAGCCUGGUCCUGGUGCACCUGGCUGCAAGCAACACCCCCCCAACCCCGCAAGCUGAAGACCCUAUUGUGGCAUGCUGGACAGACCCUCCCUUGGCCCUGGCCAGGCGUGUCGUGGGAGGCCCUCUCCAGAGACCAUCCCUGUGUUGCUUGAAGGUGCUGCACCUUACUGACAAGAGACCAGAGUUACACGUUCAAAACCUUUGUGUUGAAGAGCAGUGCUGGGGCAGGCCAGGCAGUUGGACUCGCCUGGACUUCCUCCUUGCGCUGGGCAGAGUCGGCGACCUUUCUGGCCUCCCAGCUGCACCACCUUUGGCAGAGCUGCGGGCCUGACUCUCAGGGAAGCUUGCCUUUCCCUCUGUGUCAACAGAGCGUUCCUCUGUCCACCUUCUCUUAGCCAGAAUGGCCUGCUACUGUGACCGUCGCCCCUCUAUUCUAGGACCCAGGCCUUUGUGAGGAGUGCUACACAUACAAAUAUGGCGGGUGAAGCUCUCCAGUGCUGUGAGCCACACAACGUACAAUGACCAUCAGUGGGCUUGAGGGUAGGGGGGUGGGCCACGGGGUGAAAGAGUGAGAAUUUGGUCUAGGGGACCCAAAUGUGAUUUUCUCCACAUCCCGUCCCGCCCCCAGCUCACAGUGAGUCAGGCUUCCGAGUUGUCCGGUCUGGCCACUUUCAUUUCCCCCGGGGCUGGGUGGAGGCUAGUGCAGAAAGGGGAACCGAGCCACCAGAGCCACCCGAGCCACCCGUCUUCUGAGGCCUGGGGGCCGGGCUGGGUGCUCUCCCACCCUCCCUGUCCUAUCCCAGCCCUGGGCACUGCUCUGAGGAGCAGCUUGCAGAUGGAAAUUCUUAGCAGUGCGGAGGUGGCAUUUAGCCACUAUAACCCAAAAGGGUACUGGGUGGGGAAUUUCAGGGGAAACUGAGCCUCAGUGCUCGGUGCUUUGGCCUGGAAUGAUGAUGUAUGAAUGUGUGUGUGUGUGUGUGUGUGUGUGUGUUUGUAUGACCCAGUGUGACCCUGGAAGCCCACCAGGACUUGAGAACUCCCAGAAGCUGCUGCUUCCAGCAACAAUCCAGCCCUUGGUUGGGGGGCUUUAGCUGUUAGAAAGAUCUUCAACCUGAGUCUAGCCUGUUUCAGCGGUGGCUGACUUGGUGUUGGCUUAAACCCUAGUUCCUUUGUCACAUGGCAGUACCUCUCAUCCCCACCCCACUGCGUGUUCACUUCACCAACCCAGAUACCUCAUUUCCUCCAGCCAUUCUUUCCUGCCAGGCCUGCCCCCUCCAACCCUUGCCUGCAUCACAGCCCCAGAAGCCUUCCUCUUGGGUCUGGCCUCACCUCCUUUGAGUCAGAGGAGGAUCCUGGGGAGAGGAGGGCUGGUUGGGGUUAGGGUGGGGGAAUAAACAAGUGGAGGACAGCCAACAUCUGGUUGGUAUUUCUUUUUAAUGGAGGCACUGAGGAUUGAACUCAGGACCUCAUACAUGCUAAGCAUGUGCUCCACUACUGAGCUAUUACCUUCCCUGGCUGGUAUUUCUUAAGUCCUACUUUGGUCUAGUGAAUGACAGGGUGCCCGGAUGGUGGGGCAGGUGGGGAGGAAGAAAAAGAGAGGGAGGCACUCCUGCCCUUGAAGAGGUUGCCUGCCCACCUGGAUGGUAAACAAGAUGGGGGAGCCAGUGCAUGGCCUAGCAAGAGCCCCAAACCAGUCAUCUCAAUGGAGGGAGUGGGCCAUGGGCCAUCCAUGGUGCUGUGGCAAGUGGAGUGUGAGUGCUGGGGAUCCCGUCCCAGAGGGUCAGUGUUGGCAUUCUUGUACCAGGAAGCGUGGCCUCUAGGAAAGACUCUGGCCUGCCCCAUCCCUGUGCCACCCUCAUCACCACCACUCCCUCUCCUUACCUGUGGAGCAUCUUCUAGGGGCUUGGGGUAUCAAGGAAGUGGGAGAGAAGCAUGGUCCUGGGGCAGUGUGUGCUCUCUUACACACAUGCUUGCAUGCCCACCUACUCACAUGUGUCCAGAAACUAGAACCCCAGGCAGGAGGCAGCCUGAUUUCUCAUCGCGGCUCAGCCCUUUGUUCUUUCCUUGCCCCAAGACAAGAGUCCCCUCUGAGUCCCAGGAUAGGGGGCUAUGAUGGCUCAGUCCUUUCUGUCUCUGACCCUGGGCUCACAGAUCAAGGGCAAGGGCAGGAGAGAAACCACCUAGGAGUGGAACAGAGUGGGAAGGGGGUCAAGAUGGCAAAGAGAAGUUUCAGGCCUUGGGUCUGGAGAGAGGCUGACAGGUGGAGAGGAUAAGGCAGGGGUUCUGUGUGGCCAGCUGGCCUCUGACUAGGGAGGCAGAGACUGUGGCCCAAGAAAGUGGCUCUCGCUCCACGGGGGACACUGCCUCUGUAGUUCCUGCAGAUCCAUGCAGUUUGCCAGCUCCUGGCAAACAUAAGGUGCUUACUAGCUGCUGAAUGAAUGCAUGGUCAGUGGGGAGGAACCAGAGUCUAGGAAACUGAUGGCUUUAAAAGAGUAAGUUCUAAGUUUGGUGGCUGCUGUCCUUGCCAGUGGUACAGGAAGGAGAGGGGUUGGCUGAUGGGAUUUCUCUCAAAAUGUCCAGAUCAGGGGGCGGGGUGGGGGGAGCUUCAUUCCUGAGGGAACCUGAAGAAGGAAGCUCUGAGGACAGAGUGUGCAAACCCUCCCUAACUCACAGGUUUUCCCUUUCACCAGGUUUCCUAGAAGGUGGUUUGUUGAGGGAGUUCUUGGAAGGAAGUGGGGGAAGGGGGCCUAAGCAAGGAUGAGGAAUCAGCUGGAGACUAGCUUCAGCCGAAACCCAUGAGGAGCCUGGAGCACACAUUUGCUCCACCUGAAGCAAGGCGACCGGUGUUUUGUCCCCGUGUGCCAGUCACCCACUGGCUGUGGGCUGUCGCCCCAGAGUGGAGGGGUGGGCCUGGCCCUGGAGUGAGGUAGCCGAGGGCAGUUCUCUGGCAUGGGCAGCUCUGUGCUGUGCUGGCCUUGCAGCAGCUGGGGAGUUGUUGCCCUCCCUGGUACAGGGUGUCUGGGUGGGACACACACAGCAUCCACUACAGCUGUAAACUCCCUCCUUCCUUUCUCCCAAAGCCCAGAAGCAGAGACCUUGUGACAUGAAAACUGAUGGUUUGAGAGAACUGACUUGAGCACCUGAAUGGACUGGAGAGACUCCAGCCCCCAGUGUUGAGAGGAAGGAAAAGUCCUACAGGGCCCUGGCUCGGCUCCUUGAGUGCCCCCACAUCCCCUGCCCCAGGAAGCAGCCAGCUACAAAUCUGCUGAUACCCUCCUCUGCUCUCUCCGGCAGACCCCUUUGCCAUGAACCAGCCUGCCCCCGCUGCCCUUCCUCCACCCCGCCGCGUGCGGCUGAAGCCCUGGCUGGUGGCCCAAGUGAACAGCUGCCAGUACCCGGGGCUUCAGUGGGUCAAUGGGGAAAAGAAAUUCUUCUACAUCCCUUGGCGCCAUGCCACACGGCAUGGCCCCAGCCAGGACGGAGAUAACACCAUCUUCAAGGCCUGGGCCAAGGAGACCGGGAAGUACACGGAGGGCGUGGACGAGGCCGAUCCGGCCAAGUGGAAGGCCAACCUGCGCUGUGCCCUUAACAAGAGCCGUGACUUUCGCCUCAUCUAUGACGGGCCCCGGGACAUGCCGCCUCAGCCCUACAAGAUCUACGAGGUCUGCUCCAAUGGCCCCACUCCUGCAGAGGCACAGCCCAGCGAGGAUUACACUGUUCAUGCAGGAGAGGAGGAGGAGGAGGAAGAGGAAGAGCUCCAGAGGAUGUUACCAAGCCUGAGCCUCACAGAAGCAGUGCAGCCUGGCCCCGCCAUGGCACCCUAUUCAUUACCCAAAGAGGAAGUCAAGUGGCCACCCACUCUCCAGCCGCCUGUUGUGCUUGGUCCCCCUGCUCCAGACCCCAGCCUUCUGGGCCCUGUCCCUGGCAACCCCACUGACUUUAGGGAGCUGCUCUCUGAGGUGCCGAGCACGCAGCCUGGGCCCCUGGCUGCCGAUCUGCCCCCUCCAGGCGAACAACUGCUGCCCGACCUGCUGAUCAGCCCCCACAUGCUGCCUCUGACCGACUUGGAGAUCAAGUUCCAAUACCGGGGGCGGCCACCCCGGGCGCUCACCAUCAGCAACCCCCACGGCUGCCGGCUCUUCUACAGCCAGCUGGAGGCCACCCAGGAGCAGGUGGAACUCUUCGGCCCUGUGAGCCUAGAGCAAGUGCGCUUCCCCAGCGCUGAGGACAUCCCCAGCGACAAGCAGCGCUUCUACACCAACCAGCUGCUGGAUGUCCUGGACCGUGGGCUCAUCCUCCAGCUGCAAGGCCAAGAUCUGUACGCUAUCCGCCUGUGCCAGUGCAAAGUGUUCUGGAGCGGUCCCUGUGCCUCAGCCCAUGGCUCGCACCCCAACCCCAUUCAGCGGGAGGUCAAGACCAAGCUCUUUAGCCUGGAGCAUUUUCUCAAUGAGCUCAUCCUGUUUCAGAAGGGCCAGACCAACACCCCACCGCCAUUUGAGAUCUUCUUCUGCUUUGGGGAGGAGUGGCCUGACCGCAAACCCCGAGAGAAGAAGCUCAUCACUGUACAGGUGGUGCCCGUAGCAGCUCGGAUGCUGCUAGAGAUGUUCUCAGGGGAGCUUUCUUGGUCAGCUGAUAGUAUCCGGCUACAGAUCUCAAACCCAGACCUCAAAGACCGCAUGGUGGAGCAGUUCAAGGAGCUCCAUCACAUCUGGCAGUCCCAGCAGCAGCUGCAGCCUGUGGCCCAAGCCCCUCCUGUGCCCGGCCUCAGUGCUGGUCAGGCUCCCUGGCCCAUGCACCCAGUUGGCAUGCAAUAAUGAGGCUGAAGAUAGUGACUGGCCCAGGCUUCCUGGGUGGCUGUGUGGACUGAUGUGGAGGUGCGAUGGCCCCAGAGAGCACCUGACUGGCUGCAGGGUCCUAUCUCUGGGUCUCCUGUAGGUGGAUUUGGGCCAAGAAGAAGAGGGAAAAGAGGCCUGAGGUCCAGGUUCUCCCUGCAGAAGCUGAGGGAAGCCAGUUUUGCUUGAGGGCUCUGGAUGUGCCCCUCUGCUGGCUUUGGGGGAACUCAGCCAUCAGCACCAGUGACAAGAGAAGAAACUCCCCAGACCCUGGGAGCCUAGCUGUACAGGAGUUGCCCCAGAGUGGCCCACUCUUGUGGUUGCCCCCAUUUCCUCUGGCAAAAGAGCCAUGUGCCUGUGGCUCAGGUCCCCCAGGCAGGUCCUCUGCAGGGCAUGGGCCUGAUUUUGCGGUUCCCUCGUUUGGGCCUCGCUUCCUCAUCGCUUAAGGCAUAAGCACUUAGGUUUACACCUGAUACAUAGAGCUGGCAGCUACCUCCCUUGAGAGUCCAAGAACUGGGGGUACAAAGUGGAAUUUUACAUAUUUUUCGAUUAAUAAAUGUUAAAAACAGGCAGA